AUGCAAGCCUCCCUUCACUUGUUCGCCACCACUCCACCAACCCCAAAGCUUCAAAAUCUCUUUCAAGCUCAAUAUCCAUUAUUUACAUGCAAAAUUCUUAUUAAUCCUUCCAAGAAAAUAACUCCUCGAAAUCCAUCACCGUUGUUUCCACCACCACCACCACCAUCACGGUCACCUUUGUAUCCUGAGGUUGAACCUAUUCUCAAGCCUGAACGUGUCUUGGUUCCACAAGAACCAAACUACCCGGUUCACUUGAACCCAUUGCAAAAGUUAGCAGCGUUAGCGUUGGACCAAAUUGAGACCUCAGUGGUCAAGCCACUAGAAAAAAACCAUAACUUGCCUAAGACGGUUGACCCAGCGGUUCAAAUAUCAGGCAACUUUGCACCGGUUCAAGAGUGUUCAGUUCAGCACGGGUUGGAAGUGGUGGGCAAGAUUCCAGCUUGCCUACGUGGCGUCUAUGUCCGAAACGGUGCCAAUCCUAUGUUUGCACCCUCAGGUGGACACCAUUUGUUUGAUGGUGAUGGAAUGAUCCAUGCCGUUGGCUUGGGGCUUGGGAAUAAAGCUAGUUAUAGCUGUAGAUAUACUCGUACCAGCCGGCUCAUGCAAGAAGCCAGGUUGGGUCGGUCUAUAUUUCCUAAACCAAUUGGUGAGCUGCAUGGGCACUUGGGUUUGGCUCGGUUAGCUUUGUUCAUGGCUCGAGCUGGUGUUGGACUGGUUGAUGGUUCACAUGGCACGGGAGUGGCAAAUGCCGGGCUUGUUUACUUCAAUGGUCGAUUGUUAGCCAUGUCCGAAGAUGAUCUUCCUUAUCAUGUUAAAAUCAAUGCUGAUGCUGAUCUUGAAACUAUGGGACGGUUCAAUUUUGAUUAUCAAAUUGAUUGUCCAUUGAUUGCACACCCCAAAGUAGAUCCUGUUACAGGUGAGUUACACACUCUCAAUUACAACGUUUUAAAGAAACCUUACUUGAAAUAUUUCAAGUUCGAUAAAUUCGGGAAAAAGUCACGUGACUUGCACGUGAUCAUAGAUCAGGCAACAAUGAUACAUGACUUUGCUAUAACAGAGAAUUUUGUAGUGAUCCCGGAUCAUCAAGUGGUAUUCAAGUUAUCCGAAAUGAUUCGGGGCGGGUCACCUGUUCUAUAUGACAAAAAGAAGACAUCUCGAUUUGGAAUUUUGCAACAAAAUGACGUUGAUGGAUCAAAUAUCCAAUGGAUUGACGUACCGAAUUGCUUCUGUUUCCAUUUAUGGAAUGCAUGGGAAGAACAUUCUGAUAAUGGUGAUAAAAUCAUCGUCGUUAUCGGAUCCUGCAUGAGCCCGCCCGACUCCGUUUUCAACGAGUCCAAAGACCCGUUCCGAAGUGAACUAUCCGAAAUCCGGUUGAACUUAAGAACAGGAGAGUCCACGCAAAGGGUUAUUAUAUCAGGCAUGAACUUGGAAGCAGGGCAAGUGAACCGGCAAUAUCAGGGUCGGAAGACCCGGUUCGUGUACCUGGCAAUAGCAGAGCCAUGGCCAAAGUGUUCUGGUAUUACUAAAGUCGAUUUGGAGACAGGAGAAGUUACCAAGUUCAUGUACGGUGCAUGCCGUUUUGGGGGUGAGCCAUUUUUUGUGCCUGAAAAGAAGCAGAAACAUGGAGGCAAUAUUACUAAUGAGGCUGAAGAUGAAGGAUAUAUAAUGGGGUUUGUGAGAGAUGAGAAGAAGGAGAUUUCUGAGCUGGUGAUAGUGAAAGCUUUGAGCAUGGAGCAAGUGGCUGCUAUAAGGCUGCCCACAAGGGUUCCAUACGGGUUUCAUGGCACGUUUGUCAGUGAGGAAGAGCUCAACCGACAAGUCAUGUGAAAAUAG